ACCAACAUUGGUCUCCUUCAGAAGAGCGUCCAUUUUGAGCCGCAGGAUGGAAAUAACUCGUUGACUCGUUAACAGAGGUAAAUGUUGCUUCUCCGGGUCCCUCCGUGUCUCUCUCGGCUCUCUGGAGCUGUACUGACAGAUGAGAGGCUUUCAAGACACAAAGCGUCUUCUGUUUCUGGAAAGACGGACGUUUUUCAUGAUCCAACACCAGAUACUUCACACACGGUGAUUAAUGUAGGAAGAAAUAUUCCAAAUUAUGCAACAAAUUUAUUUGUAAAGUUGAAACAAACCCGCUCCGCGUUUUUCUAAGAAUAUUUUGCUGUUUAAACCAGAAUGCGGGUUCAUUUUUCACAAGUAGCAGGAAGAGAAGAGAAGCUCUGAAGAUCGAGUGAAUUAAAUCAAGCCUCCCUCAGAGUUGAAGGCCAGAAGAUGGAAGAUCAGGAAGAUCAGCAUCAGGACAGAGCAGAACCUCCAGAGUUCAGUACUGAACCUGGACCCUCAGACAGAAAGAGGAGGGAGAAGAACAGCGUUGGUGAGAAGGAGCAGCCGUCCUGCUGUGCUUUGUGUCAGGAGGUUCUGAUGGAUCCGGUCUCUAUCAGCUGUGGACACUGGUUCUGCAGACAGUGUAUCAGGUCCUACUGGGACCAGUCUGCUCCAUCUGGACCCUCCUCCUGCCCCCAGUGUGAAGAACGACCCAGAACAGGAUCUGAACGGCUGACAGCCAAUCAGAGCAGCUGUUCUCCAGAAGAAAAACUUUUCAAGGUUCGCAGUGAGUUUGUGAAGAGAGUUUCUGAUGACGUCCUGAAACGUCUCCUUGAUGGCCUUCUGUCAGAUCACAUCUUGGGUGAUUUGGAGGAUGAGGGUAUACUGCAGAAGAACCAAACCAGAGCAGACAAAGCCCGUCAGACCAUCGAUACUGUGAGAAAGAAGGGAAAUGAAGCCUGUAGAUUGAUGAUCAAACGUCUUCAUCACAUAGAUCCGACUCUGUCCAACAAGCUGGGUUUGUCCUCUGACUCCUCUGGUCCAGAUUUUGAUAUUCGGUGUCAACGUGACCUUAAAGAGUUUCUGAAGAAGAAGUUCAAGAGUCUCUACGAAGGCGUCGCUGAACAUGGAAAUAAAACCGUUCUGAACCAGAUCUACACAGAGCUCUACAUCACAGAGGGGUUAACUAGAGAGGUCAACCAGGAACAUGAGGUCAGACAGAUUGAAACAGCAUCCAGGAAACAAGAAACAAUCAGAAGAGAAGACAUCUUUAAAACCCCACCUGGAAGUGAUGAAUCAAUCAGAACAGUGAUGACCAUGGGAGUGGCUGGCAUUGGGAAAACACUGUUAACACAGAAGUUCACUCUGGACUGGGCUGAAGACAAAACCAACCAGAACAUUGAUUUCAUAUUUCCAUUCACUUUCAGAGAGCUGAAUAUGUUGAAAGAUAAAAAGUUCAGUUUAUUAGAACUAAUUCAUAAAUUCUUCACUAAAACCAAAGAAAUCAGCAACUUUGAAACGUUUCAGGUUCUGUUCAUCUUUGAUGGUCUGGAUGAAAGUCGACUUGAUCUGAAUUUCAAGAACAACGAGAUCCUGACUGAUGUUACAGAGUCCAGCUCACUGGAUGUUCUGCUGACAAACAUCAUCAGGGGGAAACUGUUUCCUUCUGCUCUCCUCUGGAUAACCACACGACCUGCAGCAGCCAAUCAGAUCCCUGCUGACUGUGUUGACAUGGUGACAGAGGUCAGAGGGUUCACUGACCCCCAGAAGGAGGAAUACUUCAGGAAGAGAUUCAGAGAUGAUGAAGAGAAGGCCAACAGGAUCAUCUCCCACAUCCAGAAAUCAAAAACUCUCCACAUCAUGUGUCACAUCCCAGUUUUCUGCUGGAUCACUGCUAAAGUUCUGGAGAAUCUGAUGGAGACCAGAGAGGGAGGAGAUCUGCCCAAGACCCUGACUGAGAUGUACAUAGAGUUCCUGGAGGUUCAACUCAAAAUCAAGGAGGAAAAGUAUGAUAGAGGAACUGAAGACAAUAUAAAACUGAUUGAGUCUCUAGGAAGACUGGCUUUUGAUCAGCUGCUGAAGGGAAACCUGAUCUUCUAUGACAAAGAGCUCAAACAGUGUGACAUCAACAUCAAAGAUGCUGCGUUGUUCUCAGGAGUGUUCACUCAGAUGUUUAAAAAGGAGAGAGGGACGCGCAACAAAUCAGUUUACUCCUUUGUUCAUCUGAGCAUCCAGGAGUUUCUGGCUGCAGUCUACAUGCUCCACUGUUUCACCAGCAGGAAGUCAGAGGUGAUCCAGACGUUCCUGGGAGAAAAAUACAGAGAAACAUCUCUAGAUGAGUUUAUGAAGAAAGUCAUGAAGAAAUCCCUCAGAAGUAUAAAUGGCCACCUGGACCUGUUUGUCCGCUUCCUUCAUGGUCUCACUGUGGAGUCCAGCCAGAGCUUCUUAGAAGAUCUGCUGGGUCAGAGAGAGAACAGUCCAGAAACCAUCCAGAGAAUCAUCACCAACCUGAAGGAGAUGAACACUGAUGAUAUCUCUCCUGACAGAAGAAUCAACAUCUUCUACUGUCUGGUGGAGAUGAACGAUCUCUCAUUUUAUCAGGAGAUCCAACGGCUGCUGGAUUCAGGGAAGAAGCUCUCAGAGUCUGACUGUUCAGCUCUGGCCUUCAUGCUGCAGAUGUCAGAGGUUCUGGAUGAGUUGGACCUGGAGAAGUACAACACAUCAGAAUCAGGACGACGGAGACUGGUUCCAGCUGUGAGGAACUGCAGAAAGGCUCGACUUGGUGGCUGUUUGCUCCGAAAGGAUGAAUGUGAAGUUUUGGCCUCAGCGCUGAAGUCCAACCCAGAUCUGACUGAACUGGAAAUAAAUCAGAUCAUACUGGGAGAUCAAUCCUUUGUAGAAUCUGAUCUGAAUCCUCUGGUUGAGAUCCUGGAGAGUUCAGUCAGUAAAGUGAAGAAUCUGAGAUUGAAUGAAUGCAGUUUGUCAGAGACCAGCUGGACUUCUCUGUUCUCAGCUCUGAAGUCCAAACCGACCCAUCUGACAGAACUGGACCUGAUCAGAACCAACCUGGAAGAUUCUGUAGUGAAGGAGUUCUGUGGUUUUCUACAGACUGAAGGCUGCAAACUGGAGACAUUGAGAUUGGACUGCAGUUUGUCAGAGACCAGCUGGACUUCUCUGUUCUCAGCUCUGAAGUCCAAACCGACCCAUCUGACAGAACUGGGCCUGAUCAGAACCAACCUGGAAGGUUCUGGACUGAAGGAUCUCUGUGGUUUUCUACAGACUGAAGGCUGCAGACUGGAGACAUUGGGAUUGUAUUACUGCAGGUUGUCAAAGACCAGCUGGACUUCUCUGUUCUCUGCUCUGAAGUCCAAACCGACCCAUCUGACAGAACUGAACCUGAGCGGAACCAACCUGAAAGAUUCUGGACUGAAGGAUCUCUGUGGUUUUCUACAGACUGAAGGCUGCAGACUGGAGACAUUGAGACUUGGUGGCUGUUUUCUCCAAAAGGAUGAAUGUAAAGUUUUGGCCUCAGCGCUGAAGUCCAACCCAGAUCUGACUGAACUGGAAAUAAAUCAGAUCUUCAUAGAUGAAGGUGGAGAAUCUGAUCUGAAGCCUCUGGUUGAGAUCCUGGAGAGUUCAGUCAGUAAAGUGAAGAAUCUGGGAUUGUAUGAAUGCAGUUUGUCAGAGACCAGCUGGACUUCUCUGUUCUCAGCUCUGAAGUCCAAACCGACCCAUCUGACAGGACUGGACCUGGACAGCACCAACCUGGAAGAUUCUGGACUGAAGGAGUUCUGUGGUUUUCUACAGACUGAAGGCUGCAGACUGGAGAGAUUGGGAUUGUUGGACUGCAGGUUGUCAGAGACCAGCUGGACUUCUCUGUUCUCAGCUCUGAAGUCCAAACCGACCCAUCUGACAGGACUGGACCUGAUCAACACCAACCUGGAAGGUUCUGGACUGAAGGAUCUCUGUGGUUUUCUACAGACUGAAGGCUGCAGACUGGAGACAUUGAGAUUGAAUGGCUGCUGGUUGUCAAAGAUCAGCUGUUAUUAUUUGGCUUCAGCUCUGAAGUCCAACAGCCUCCAUCUGAAAGAACUGAACCUGGGAGGAAACGACCUGAAGAAUUCAGAUGUUCAGCAGCUGAAGGAUCUUGUAGAUGAUGUAGAGUUCUGAUUUCUGUAAAGUAGAGAAUGAUCUCUGUGUCCUGCUGAUCCUCAGAGGUUCAUGGAUCAUGAUGAUGACCUCUGACCUCCAAGAUUUUCCUCCUGUUUGUUUUCUCAUGUCUGUCAUUUAGUGUCUGAUAUUGUUUGUCUCUUUGGAUCAAUAAAGAUCCAAUUCAAACUGGGCUCCAUUUAGAGGCUUCAUGGAGUUUUGAUCUGAACUGGAUUCAACUGGAAAGUUGAUCUUUUUUCUCUCUGGUUCAUUUUCAUCCUGGAACCAGAACUGGUCUGAGAAUGGAAACAUGGGAAUCAUUUCCAGUUCAGCUUUGAAGCCAUGAAAGACACUUCAACCCUCUUUUCUCUGCUGCUUCUUCCUUCUGUUGACAUGAAAAUGUUCCUCAAAGCUCCUCAGAGAAAAAGAUGCUUUACUGGAAACUGGAGAGAAACUUCAGCUUCCAUCACAGAAACCAGUAGAACCAGUUUAGAACUGGAUGUCCCACAGAAAUCUGAUCUUAGAGCAGUUUUUAGGAACAUCUGGAUCUUGGAAAAAUGAUUUUAUAUAUUUUUAUGUUCAUUCUAAAAAGUAAAUCUUGAAGUUUUGCAUCAUCAUUGAUUCUCAGUUUGUUUUGAUUUUUACUUUUUUAACUCCAUAUUUCAUGUUUUGAGUUUUCUAGAGAACUUUAGGACUCGAUGUGUCACAUCAGGCUCUUUACUGUGAUUUUACUGAUUUAUUCAAACCUCAGAGAAUCACUGGAAUAAUGUGCUGAUUGGUUCAUGAUUGAUUUUCAUAAUUCUUAUAAUGUAAUGUGGGUUUCUGGAUCUUUAAUGACCAAAUAAAGUGUUUAAAAA